GCGCUGUCCAUAUCCGUGGCUGCUACUUCAUAGUAAGUUUAGUAUAUUACUCGAGGUCUUACUGUUGUCUUAACUGUUGUGAGGUCAAUAACUCUGAUACAUAGCGUCAUUAUGGACAACGAAACAUAUUGUUUUUAAUCAAAUCAAUUAUAGCAGUAGCAAGCUUACCUCCGUUCCUCCUUUUCAUCUUCGCGCUCUCCCUCUCAAACUGAACAGGACAUCAUUUGUCCUAGUCCGCACGCACAGAUAUUACAUUUCUUCAUGCACACAUUGAGAUACUAUAAUAAGAAACUAAUUCUCAAACCCUGAGCAAUAUGACAUUUAAUCAAUGAAAAAUUGCAUGACCCUCCCCUGGACUAAAUCAAAAAUACCAAACUCUCCCCAUGACUGAAAUUGAAAAAGUAUGACCCUCCCCCAUUUUCUCCCAGGUAACAAUGGGUGUAAAAUUUGACCGCUCACUAAAAUGAAAAGGGAUUUCAUGAAUUUUGAAUAACUUUGGACAAAUUAAGCUAUUUGUUGACAUGAAUUAUCAUUUGCACAAAGUGACAGUGGAUGGUUGAGGACAUAAAUGGUUGAAUAUUCCAAUGGAAUUUUCCUUGUGCACUGGUUAUAUGAGCGCAGGUGAUUUCCGCAUGAAUGACUUUAGGAGGAGCGUGUUCAAAGUGCAAAUGUAAUAAACCAUCUUAGACUGAAAAUGGCGGACCUCGUGAGCACCUGUGCUUACAACCUGUUGUACCAAGAUCUGAAGAAGUUCUCAAAAAAUGGGGAGCAUUUCUGUAAGGAGCUCAUGACAGUAUUUCAGCAAAGGGCUGAGCUGGAGAUCAGUUAUGCCAAGGGACUUCAGAAGCUUGCUGGAAAACUCAUGAAGGCAUCCAAAGGAAUGAAUGACAAUUCCACAUACCGAGCAUGGUGCCAUGUAUCUGAUGACAUGUACUCUACAGCAGACACACACAGAACACUAGGAAGUGCUUUUCAGUCAGAGGCAGUUUUAGAAAUUCGACAAGUAAUUGAGGAGCACAACAAGAGGAAGAGACCUCUUGAUAAUGUUGUUGAGAAAAACGCAAAACUUGUUGUGACGAACUGGAGUGAACAAAUAAAGAUGAAGAAGAAAUUGGUUGGAUUGACAAGAGAGCAUGAAGCCCUGUUCAACUUUGUUGAAAAGAAUACACACAUUUGCACAGAAAAAGAAAAACAGAAGAUGCUGACCAGACUGACAAAGUCUGCUGAGGCCCAGACCAGAACAGAUGAGGAGUACUUCACCAUCAACAUGGAUGGCCAUGAAAUCAGACUGAAGUGGGAAAACACACUGAAAAAUUGCUACCAGGUAAUCCAGGAGGUUGAGAAACAGCGGAUAGAAGUUCUGUGCAACAUAUUGAGUAAAUACAACCUCCACAUGGCAAGCUUCAGACACACCCUUGUACAUAGACAGAAACAAAUAGAACAAGCCAUCCAGAAAGUUGAUGUGGAAAAGGAUAUCCAAAAUCUGGUGGAGGAGACCAGUGUAGCAGCAGAGGAGAACAACGCUAAGUUUCUGAUGACUGAUUAUUUUGAGGAGGACAGUAAGUCAUUGAUGGAAAAAGACAGGAGAAGAGAUGCCAUCAAGUCCAAACUCCAGCGGCUGGGGGACAGUAUCACAAAAACAAAGAAAGACUGUGACGGUCUUGAGAGACUGGUGAAGACCUACUCUGAAAACCCAUCAUUCUCAAACAAAAAGAACCUGGAAGAAACGGAACAGUUGAUUGAUGAGACCACUCUGAAACUGAACCUUCUUGAAGCAACUCAUUGCAAACUCUCCAGCACAUUGGCUGAAUUGGAGGGAAAACCUAAGACUUUGCAUCGAUUCAGUGCCAGUAUAACAAAAUGGAAAGAAAAGGAUUGCGAGCACAGUAUUGUUCAGCUGGCCCGUCCAGUCAAAAUCAAAAAGACACCGUUCAGAUCGCGUUUGAGGAGCUCCAUCAUUUACAAAGGACCCCCUCAGAGUGUGACAUCAGCAGAGGCCUCAUCAGUAGAAGUAAACCAAGUCUACACUGCUGUCAUCCAAGAUACUACAGCUCCAGGGGAAUGUGGCUCUGUCAAUGGAGCCAUGUCUUUGACUGACGACAAGGAAGGAGAAGAGUGGUGUAGCAUUGGGAAAUGCAAAGCUGUUUACGACUUCACAUCAGACAGAGAUGAUGAGUUGAAUAUGAAAGAAGGAGACCUUCUUGACAUCUAUCAAAAGGAAGACAGCGGUUGGUGGUAUGGGAUAUUGAAUGGACAGAUAGGCCAUUUUCCAUCAACCUACAUUGAGGAGCUGCCCAUGUUAAGUGUUGUAGAAACAUCAGAUGUAUGACAGUCAGUGUUGGCGCAAAUGGACAGGGUUUUAGAGCGAGAAAUUCUCUCCGGACAUUUGCAAGGAAGGCAGAGAAGUUGUUGGUCUCCUGGAGUCUCUGCUCCAAGUGAUUCAUGCAAUCCAGUGGUGGGUCGCUAGACACAACUGUGGACAAAAAUAUGGUUAUAUCACAUUUCCAGCCAUUCAUGAUAACACUCCUAGUUUCCAAAACCAUUUGUUACUGUUCUAUACUAUUUACUGUACUCACUCUGGUAUAAUCCUCCUUCGUUGAUCCUCAGCAUGAAGGUGUAUACACAUUCCGAGUCUUUUUGGUUGAUGUCUCGGAAGAUAAACUGCAAUUUCUCUCCUUGAAUAAAAGAAUAACAAUUCCUUUUAA